AUGGUGGGCGGAUCUCGGCGCAGGGCAAGGGCCCAGCGUGUGCGGAGGAGCUUUGCAGUUCUGGUGCUUGGGGGCUGUGCCACAAGCCGUGUCGGUAGUGCGCUGGCAGGACCAGAGGCCUCCUUGCAGGCUCUGCGCCAGAGGUUCGUGGAGGCCAAGUCCAUCGAGAGGCUCCCGACUCCAGGCACUCUGGCGCCAUGGACUGACAUCGAGCAUGUCUUCACGAUCGUGCCCCAUCAGUUACGACGAGACAUUGAGCAAUUGGAAUACCUCGUGUCAAGGAAGGUCCUUUCGCCUGACCGGCAGCGCUUUGUGCAAGACCAUGCCCUGCCGGAGUUUCGGCGCGUCCUCCUGCAUGUCUUGGUAGCUGCUGGGCGGAUGGAUGCCUUCGUCGUCACGCCUCCACAGCCGCAGUUUAGCAUCUUUUUCGCCUUGCAGGGCCGCGCCUUUCACCUGCAUCCGGGUCACCGUGUGGCUGCCGCCGUGGCCGCGGACCUGGCGUCCGUCCAGGAGGAGUUUCUGCGCAAAGAGCACCGAGUGUGCGUGGUGGAUGAUUUCUUCACUCCCGAUGCAUUGAAGGUGCUUCGAGAUUAUUUGCUGGAGUCCACCAUCUGGUCCCAGGUCAAGUUUGGCCAUGUGGGCACCUACCUCGACACGGGCUUUGCUUCGGAGUUGGUCAGCCAAAUCGAUGAGGAGCUCAGGCAGCAACUGCCUCUUCUUAGCGGCAAGGAGUUACACAACGCUUGGGCCUACAUGUAUGAUGGCUCUCUUGGCGGCAUUGACACCCAUGCAGACGACUGCCAAGUGCAGAUUAAUUUCUUCAUCAGCCCAUCUUCUGCAAACCUUUGGUUGGAAAACAAAUCCCUGCCGUCCGGUGGCUUGGUUCUCUAUGGCGUGGGCCCUCCAGCAGAAUGGAACUACACCGACUACAACAGCAUUGUACAAAAUCCUCGAAUCGAUGAGAUUCUGCGGACGACAAACUAUUGGAAUGUGACCAUCCCGUACGUUGAGAACCGCGCAGUUCUUUUUGAUUCCACAUACUUCCACAAGACAGAUUGCAUGCGUUUCAAGAAGGGCUACAAGAAUCGUCGCAUUAAUGUGACCUUCCUCUACGGCCGGCGAAAGGCCUUGGUACCGGCACCAGGCGUGGGGUCUGCAGAGGCACAGUGCAUACCGAAAGAGCAGGAGCAGCUGCAGGAGCGGCGGGAGCGCUACUUCCGAGCUGGCCAGGUGACUCUGGACGACCAGGACUGGCGGAGCCUCAGCCAGGCGGUGCAGCGCCGCCUCGAGCGUAUUCGACAGAGGAAAACGCCCGCACGAGAGCUGCAAUGUGCGAAUGGCACUGCGAUACAGUCAGUCGUUGGCAGCCUUCGAGAAAUUUCGCGAAGUUGUAGUGCACAUCGUUACCCCGAACGACAGCUUCGCCCGACGACUGGCAGCCCUGCAGCCUUUCCCUAA